AUGGAGCUUGAGGAUGAGGGCGUCAAGCUGAAGCUGAUCGAGAAAGACCGAAGGUGGAUUUAUAGGUCGAGAUGCAAGAAGUAUAAGUUGGAAGUCGCAUAUGCAAGGGAAAUAAUCGAGGAGAGCUCGACUGAGCUUUUGGGGUCAGAGAUGACAAGCGUUCCGAAGAUUAGAAAUAUGGUUGAGACCAGUCACAGCAGAGGUAAAGUGAGGAGGUAUAGUGAGAUGAUAGGGUUGGCUCUAAAGAUUGUGAUAUCAGCGUUGCUGGGUGAUCCGACGAGUUUGAUAAUUGCUGUUAUUGCUUCUUUCAUGCGACCAUCUUGA